CCGCUGCACUUCCGAGCCGAGCUGAAGAGGAGUUGCGCUGCGCUCUGACAACGUCCCGCUGUCAGACAAUCUCCGGGCAAAGAAGAGCAGAAAACCUUAGCCUGGCCAGGCUAUGCUGAGACGACACAUCUGGACUCGGGAAUGUUUUCCAACUCGGAAUCUAAGAAGGUUUCUUUUUGUCUCAGUCUAUGCGGGACGUUGCGUCUGCACCGAAGCAGCAGCCUAAAUUAGUUGGGGAGGUUUUCUCUUUUCUUCUUUUUUUUUUUUCUUCAACAAAAAAGGGGUCAUUCUUUUUUUUUUAUUAUUCUGCCAGCGCAAAGAAAAGAACUCCGACCGGGACUACUGUAAAACCGGAAUGGUUUAUCCUCCCGACGGUUUAUUCUACAUCGAAAUGGAUCAAGCACCACCAGCUCUUCCUCCUCGGUCCACGAAGCCAGCGAUGUCCACCGUGAACAACAACAACUGUCUUUCUCCCCCGGUGUGUUCGCUUCAGGAUGCUGAAUGGUACUGGGGAGAUAUAACAAGGGACGAGGUGAACGAGAAGCUUCGAGACACGCCUGACGGCUCCUUCCUGGUACGGGACGCCUCCACCAAGCUGCAAGGAGACUUCACUCUGACCUUACGGAAAGAUGGGCACAACAAGCUGAUUAAGAUCUACCACCGUGACGGGAAGUAUGGCUUCUCUGACCCCUUCACGUUCACGUCGGUGGUGGAGCUCAUCUGGUACUACCAGCACCACUCGCUGGUGGAAUACAACGCCAUGCUGGAUCUGAUGCUCUCACAUCCCGUGUCCCGCUUCCAGCAGGUCAGCGAGGUGAAGGAAGACAGCGUUGACGUCGCUGGCAGAAAACUCAAAGAGGUCCACAAUCAGUACCAAGAGAAGUCGAAGGAGUUUGACCGUCUUUACGAAGCCUUUACCAAGACCUCCCAGGAGAUCCAGAUGAAGCGCACGGCAAUAGAGGCGUUCAACGAGGCCAUGCUGAUCUUCGAGGAGCAGUGCCGCGAGCAGGAGCGGUACGGAGAGGAGUUUGAGAGGAACAGUCACUCGGAGGGAGUGGACAACGAUUUGGAGAGCUUCCUGAUCAAUUACGAGAAGCUGAAGUGCCGACUUGGCGAGAUCUACGACAGCAAACUGCACCUGGAGGAGGACCUGAGGACGCAGGUGGAGGACUACCGAGAGACCGACAGGAAGAUUAACAACCUGCGGCCAGACCUCAUCCAGCUCCGCAACAUCAGAGAUUUGUAUCUGAACUGGCUUAAUCACAAAGGGGUACGGCAGAAACGCAUAAACGACUGGCUUGGCAUACACAGCGAGAACCUUGAUGACACGUACGUCCUGAAGGGAGAUGAAAAGAACCUGCCACACCAGGAUGAGGAGAGCUGGUUUGUCGGGGAACUGAGCCGAACGCAGGCGGAGGAGAUGCUCCACGGCAAAGUUUCCGGAACUUUCCUGAUCCGAGAGAGCAGCAAGCAGGGAUGCUACGCCUGCUCUGUUGUUGUGAAUGAAGAGGUGAAGCACUGCAUGAUCUACAGCACGCCGCUUGGAUACGGCUUCGCCGAGCCCUACGACGCGCACUGCUCGUUGAAAGACCUCGUCCUGCACUAUCACCUGCACUCCUUAGCGCAACACAACGACGCCCUGGACGUCCGGCUGCUGCACCCCGUGCACGCCAAAGCGGCGGCCCCCGCUUCCCAGCUCUCUGAGGAGCACAAACUGUUACAGACUCCCAAACGCGUGCCGCCAGGACUCCCCCCAGCCGCCCCAGAGAUGUAAUCGAGCGGCAAAAGAGGCUUUUCGUCUUAUCCUGUGAGAAGGACUGCAUUAAGAGUGCAUUGUGUAAAGAUUUGCACUACGGUGACUCCAUCAGCUUUCGUGAAUGGCGUCUCGCUGGUUUGAAGUGGGACCGGACCUUUGAAUGUCAGCCUGACUGUUUCAAACAAGUUUUCUACUUCACGUUUUAGUGCCGUCGGUUCAAAGGUCCCUUUCUCCAGGGCGGGGGGAAGGUUCGCGGCCGGGAAGCUCGUUCACUGGCGUCGGGUGCUGCGCCUUCGAGUUGACGUUGCUGGAGAUGUCCAUUUCCGACGUGGGAAAUCGAUUCAGCUCUACAGAUUUAACCAAUAUGUUCGAUGUAUUGCUACUACAAAGUGCAUUUGUGAGGGAGGAAAAAAACAAAAACACAAUGCUGUUAACAGGUUGGUAUCAGUGAGGUGGGUUAAAAUGCCCCGUGUGAAUAUGUUACAAAGUCAUGGUGCAUCUUAACUACUUGCCCCCUUUUUAUUUUCUUUUUUUUUAUAAAAGAAUUCAUACACAAUGGAUAAUUAUGUAGCAUUAACAUACUGUAGAAAACCAUUGUAAAAGCAUACUCAAUGUUGUACCCAUUGACCAAAGCACUUAAUAGUGAGCAAAACUACAUCUCUGUUUAGUGUGGUAACUGCAUUUUGGCAAGGGUAGGGCAAUGUAUGUACACCUGCUGAUGUGCUGAUCGAAAACAUAAUCUGAAGUACUGUAUGUUAUAUUCUGUUACUCAAAGAAGUAUAAGCUUUUUGUAUUCUAUAUAUAUUUUUUCUAUAAACGCGCCACAAGAUGAAAGCUUGAAGAAAGUGCAAUCCAACAGUAUUUGUAUUGUUGCAAUGUGUGAUGAGAAUGACGGGAGGUGGUGAAGGUGUCGCUGUUCUGAGAGGUUGACAUUUGCCACAACAAAAAAAAAAAAAAAAAAUGCACUCUCCUCGGUGGUUUGUUGGGAUCGUGCGGCCUCCGUCGUUUGUGUGAACUGCCAGAGGUCCGGAAGUAUCCUGCCUCCAUUACUUGAAUUGUGGCGUCGCUCUAGCUAUGAAUGUUCUUUUGUUUUCUCAUAACACGCAGCCUACAUAGCUUAAGAGGAAAGGAAUCCAUGUUAAACCCGGCACAUUUUUCCAAGGUAAAGGACACUUUGUAUAGAGAUGCCAUAAGAUGUAUUGCUCAUGUUGGUUCAUGGGAGGAGGUGGAUGGAUCCUCUUGACAAAUAUUACUCCACUGGAGGACUGAGGAAACUCCUCGGGUAAAGCUAAGCAAUGUGAGAUCUUGACCUUUAUCUUGCUGAAAGACAAUAAACUGAAAAGAGUUUUGUCAACUUA